AUAUUUUGCAUAUUUAACAAAAUAAUACGAAUUUUAAAUAUGAUUAGAUGUAAAAUUCUCAUUUUAAUUCUAAUUUUUAUUCAUAAAUCGAGCUUAUACGGAACGUCUACUCUCCAGGUUGACCAAAUAGAAAAUGGCAAAAAACUUAUAGAUCUGAAGGUAUGAAGGUUUGUUUUUGGUCAGCAUUUUUUACUGAAGAACAAACCGUGAAGAACGGACAAUAUUCUAUUAUAUUCAUUGGAAAUUUCGUAGAAGGGAAUAUAUCGAUAAUUCACGCCUUUAUCGUUAUGUCUGAUGGCUCUUUACAAAUUAUCUUUACAGAUAAUCGAAGGAGCGUAACCGCAUCGACUAAGAUUAAUACUAUAGAUUUCCACUGUCUCUAUUAUUACAUAUGUUACUCAGUUAAAAUAACGAAAGGAUCAAUAUUUGAUAGGAAUAAUCAUUUCGAAAUUACCGUAUUUAAUGAUAAUCAAAGAUUAAAUGUGUUAUUAGGUAAACCUUCAUUUCUCCUCUUAACUCCAUUAGGAUCGUGUGUAGGAAGCGAUAACCAUGAAGGAUUUUUAUAUUGGAGCUUGGCUUCAAUGAAGGUUUGGCAUUCGAUCAACGAAGAAGAAUCGAAUUUAGAUAUUUGUCUUAAAAAUCCUUGCAGUGUUGAUGAGUUAUGCUUACCCCUUCCAGUGGCAUCGACGAGAAAAUGCUUAUGCCAAUCUUGCGUGGAUUCGGUUGGUUGUUACAAUGGAGGAACUCGUAUAAAACUCGAAGAAAAUGCAAUCUGUAUAUGUCAACCUAAUUAUAAAGGCAUUAGUUGUGAGUCUGUAAGCUUAGAAGGUCAAUUACACAUCGAUUUAACCUCCCAAAUUUUAUUUAUUAACGAAACUGCAACCAUUCAUCUGGUCUCUAACAAGUUAAACAACUCUCUAAACGUCAAUUGGAUAUUGGAUAAUGAUACAAUUUUCCAAUAUUCUAACGAUAAAAAUUGUUCUUCGUGUAUUGAAAUCGUUCAUGGUCCAAAGAUUCUAAGUUAUUAUUUACUAUCCAACGUAUCUGAAUGGUAUUUAAAUGUUACAUUUACUUCGAAAGGAAUUCAUUAUUUAAUCAUAGAAACUGAAGAAUCGAUCUUUAGAAACUUGACUUUUGCCAUUAGCGAGAGGAUCGAAAAGAUAAUCCUCAUUACUAAAUCUUAUUUUGGGCAACCUGGCCACGAAAUUAUCUUCCUUUUAGGUGUUAGCAAUGUGGGCCUCAUGCCCGAAUUCAUCUGGAAAAUCAAUAAGUCCGAGUUUCAUUCAGAGUUACCAGAAUCUAUAAGCCAACGAGAUAUACUUGAAUUUUUUCCGUCCAAUAAGAUUCCAGGAAACAUAACGAAAUUUAUUAGACAAAAAUGGAUUUUCGAACGAUCUGGACUUUAUAAUAUUAACGUCACAGCAAAAGCAAUGGGAAGAAUUGACGUCAUUGUCAACCAUUCCGUUUACAUUAUCUCGAAGAGCGACACGUACAAGUUUUACACCAAUGCUACCAUUGCCGAAAUUAAUGGUGGAUUAUCUUUAUUUUUAUUAUCAGUCGAAGAUAAAGUCGAUACAGAAUACAUUUUUACAGUCGAUAAUGAAAAUAUAUCUAUUCAAAAUGGUUUAUCAUUAGGUAAAUCUCGGUUAGAGAUUCCUCAGGAGUAUCGAGUUCUUACAGACUUUUUCUAUUACGCGAACGUAAAUGUUACGUUUAAUAUUACUAAAAUAUAUUAUGUGGGUGUAAUGGUUAAGCAUAAGAAUGAAGUAAUGUUUGAGAAGAUAAUUGAAGUAGCAGUAGUGAAGAAACUGUGCAAACCAUCAGUAGAUAUACUCAACGCUGGAUCAAGUGAAUCUUUUGUAUACUUACGUAAAGAUCCAAUUGUCUUAAGAUCUAUCACUAAAUUUAACUGUGAUAUUAAGAUAAGACCUCGAUGGCAAUGGGUAUUAUUUGAUUCUUUUAAAAAUUCCAUAGAUAUACCUCUUGUAAGCAAUUUAAACUACUUGUCCAUACCAGAAAAAACUUUACCCUAUGGCACUUACGGUGUUAAACUAGUGGUAAAAAUAUGGCAGAUGAAUAGAAUCUUAUCCGAUGAAAUAAUUAAAUGGUUUAAUAUAAAUUCGAGCAGACCAAUAGCCAAAAUCUCUGGUGGAAUCGAAAGGAUUAUCGAUUCAGACGAGGACUUAAUCUUAGAUGGAUCAUCAUCGUAUGAUCCAGAUUUUGAUAAUGCUGAUAUGAAUUUCGUUUGGAUUUGUUUAAAAGGUGAAUGCCCAUUUAAAAAUAUUAAAGAAAGGAAGAUUAUAAUAAUACCAAAAAACAAUUUAAAAGUAACGAAAUAUAUUAUUUCUUUAACUGUCGAUUAUGAAAAUCGCCAAUCUCUACCGUUUAAUCAAGAAAUUGAAGUUAUACAAGAUCAUUUACCUAUUGUUUCUAUAACCUGUUUAUCUAAUUGUAAUUCAGGUGUUAAUCCUUCUGAAAAGUUUGCUCUGAAAGUGAAUUGUAAACAUUGCAGCAUUGAAUCAAAAUUUUUAUGGAAAAUGUUACCUAAAGAAGGGAAUUUAAAGACUUUUAUCAAUUGGAACGAAGAAACUCUUUAUGGAAACUCAUCAAAAUUGUUAUUAAUCCAUCCUAACGUAAUGAAAGAAGGAGAUUCGUAUUUAUUUACUGUAACAAUUGAAGGAAAUAAUCGAAGCCAAGCACAAUAUAGAAUAACCAUCGAUGAGAAACCUAAAAUUGAAAAAUGCAUUGUGAAACCCGAAAAGGGUAUAUCAUUAGAAACCUUAUUUACAAUUGAUUGUUAUGGUAUUUAUGAUAAAAACAUGCCUAUAAUCUAUCAAUUUUUCUUCGAUAAUAAAUUAAACCGUGAUAAAUUUCUAUUGAGGACUAACGUGUAUCCAAAAAUGAUCGAGACUUUUUUACCAAUAGGAAAUCCUCGUAACAAUUAUGAAGCUUGUAUUACAGUUAUGUUAAUUAAUGGAAUUGGCAUACGAACCGAAAUCGAUUUGAUUGUUCACGUUUUCCCUCCAGUUUCCUCUUCCGAUACGGUAAAAAGAUGGAUAAAAGACAAGAAAUUGGAUACAAUAUUGAAUACUGGAGAUAAUGAAGAAGUUAACGUGAUACUUCAGAUCCUUUCUGAGAUUUUAAAAAACAAUUCCGAUGGUUCACGUUAUGGCGAUGAAUUAAUUAAUAUCAUUAACAAAUUGCCCUUAAUUAAUACUUUUAGUAUCAAGCAAUCUUCUCACGCUUUGCAUUCAUUGUGCCAAAGUGAUGAAGAGUUUUCUGAUGAUUCCAAAGUGAAAUUAACAAAAUUUAUAGAGAAAACAACCGAAUCUUUCUUACGAUUUACAGAAACUCAAGUUUUACUACUAUAUGAAAAAUUUAAUACAGCUAAAUCAAUAUAUUCGAGUUCUUCAGGAGUUUUACGUGCUGUAAUGGGGAAGAAGAGCAAUUCAAAUGUUACUUUAUAUGAUGAAAAUGGAGUAAAUAAUGAUAAUUAUUAUUAUUAUUAUCAACCAAGCAAUAGUCUUAUUUGUAGCCUAGGAUCAAAGAUCGUUAACCUCACUGAAAUCGUUACGGAUAUUUUAAUGAAGGAAAUUAUUGCUAAUGAUAAUUAUACAAGUAUCAAUUCAGAUUCAUUCGAUGUAUUUUUAAAGAAAUACGACGAAGAUAAUGCUACUGAACGUAAUUUAGCUGAUAUCAUUUAUAUUUCUGAGAAUAUAUUCGGAGGAGAAGAGAAGAUUAAGAUGAUCAUAAAUAGAAUUAAUCCAUUUAUAUGCGAUGAAAAUAGCCAUUUAAUAAAUACGGAUACUUUGAUAGUUGAUGUAAAACACAAGAAGAAGAUAGAAAAUAUCAAAGUAGAUUCAUUUCUAAGAAGAAAAGAUGGUGUUAAAAACACACAAAGUGGAAAGGCCGAAGUUAUACUUCAUAACAACGGAACUACUUGUGACGUAACUAUUUCUAUACACAGGACUAUAAUUCCUAAUAACAACUUUUCUAUGCAUUUAUCUUUAAAUGUUUUAACACCAAAAACUUCUUUCUUAUACACAAUAACUAAUACUAAACCGACUAUAGAAGAUUUUACAAAAUGGCAUCGCGUCAUUACGUAUUGUAAACAGGAUAAAUAUUUCAUUAAUAUACCCGAAAAUAUAACAAAAAAGAAUGGAAUAUAUUUCAUAGGAAUCUUACCUUAUUCAGCCUUAAGUAUGAAAGUCCUUAAUUUAAGCAAGAAAAUAGAAAAACGUAUUGAAGAGAGAGUAUCCAUGGAAUAUAAUUUAGACAUUUUCUUUACAAGAUGCUUUUCUUAUAACGAAUCUUGGACCGAUAAUGAUUGCCACGUGGGAAACAAUUCUACUGAUUUAACUUUGCAUUGUAUUUGUUCGCAUUUAUCUGUAUUUAGUGGUUCAUAUUUUGUGGCUCCAAACACAGUCGAUGUCACCCAAACUGUAGUUUUACUAGGGACUGUCACGGAAAAUCCUGUCGUGUUCAUCUGUCUUAUUAUUAUAUGGACAAUAUAUAUUGUUUUCUUAUUCUGGGCUAGUAGAAUAGAUAGGAAGAAUGCCAAGAAUAGAAUUAAAAUAAUAUCAUCGAAUCAUUCGGAAAGUAAUUACUAUUAUGCAAUAUUAAUAUCUACUGGAAUUAGUAAAAAUUCCGGAACCACAUCAAAUGUUUACAUACAAUUAGAAGGUUCGAGUGAUAAGAGCCAAAUUAUAUUGCUUACAGAUCCCGAAGAAGAAUAUUUUAAAAGAGGAAAUGAAGAUAGAUUUAUUAUACAAUUGGACAAUUAUAUAGGAGCAAUAACGAGAAUAUACGUUUGGCACGAUAAUAGUGGAUUGAAUCCAAGUUGGCUCUUGGAUAAAAUUGAAAUUCACGAUUUAAAUAUGAAACAAACUUUGAUUUUUCCUGGAAGAUGGCUCGCUGUAAACAAAGAGGAUGGACAAAUUUCUACAUCUUUAGAUCCUGUAGAUUUUUUACGUUACAAAGUUUUAUUUUCAAAGGUAUUUAUUUAUCAAUUUCGCGAUCAUCAUAUUUGGUUUAGCCUGUUUUUUUCUUCGCCAAGUUCGGAUUUUACUCGUUGUCAAAGAGUAACUUGUCUUCUGAAUAUCCUAUUGGCAUCAAUGUUGGCUAGUAUAAUGUUUUAUGGUAUCGAUGUUUCAGAUCCUCGAGAUCAAUUAGAAAUUAGAUAUUUUAAAUUUUCUCUUAGCGAAAUGAUUAUUGGAAUUCAGAGCUCAGUUCUUGCAUUUUUUGUUGGUAUUAUAAUGGCUGGUAUAUUCCGAAAUAUUCGCAAUGAAAAAGCAUUAAAAUAUACAAAAUCUUUCCAAAUUUCUUCAAUAAUGGAUACAACUGCUAUAUUUUUAAGAGAAAAACUUCUCCCUCCUUGGUUUAAUUAUAUUGCUUGGUUUAUUACCCUAGCAACAUCACUCAUUUACACGUAUUUUAUAUUAUUAUAUGGAUUAACUUAUGGAUAUGAGAGAAGUAUGCGAUGGUUAGCCUCUAUAUUUACUUCUCUUAUCGGUAGUAUUUUAGUGUUACAACCGGGAAAAGCAAUUAUUUUUGCAGCCUUUAUAGCCUACUUUCUCGCCAAAAAGUCUAAACAAUUAAAGAUAAACCGAAGAAAGAAGAUAUCGAAAAUUGAUAUUCCAUGUGGUAUCUCCCAAAAGGAACUUCAUCAUUACAGAUACUUGAAGAACAAAGAAUCUAUAAUAUUAUCAAUAUUAUCAGACAGUUUUCUAUUUAUAUGUUUUACCAUAGCUAUACAAACUUUAGCGCACCAUAAUCGAAGCCACAUGGCAUAUUUUUCGAACAUUGCAACGAAACACACCUUUAUAAAAGGAGCUUAUGGAGGAAUACCAUUAACAGACGUAACGUCGUUGCAACUUCUAAAAAAAUAUCUCAAUACUACGUUAAUAAAUGGUAUACACAAGGAAAAAUGGUAUAAUGGUGAGAAAAUGGAGAAUGGAUACAUUGCGGAUGGUUUCACAUUGCUAAUAGGUGUGGCUCGCUUGAGACAAGUAAGAGUUAAGUAUUCUCAUUGCUCGGAACAGAUAAUACCUUUAAAAUCAUAUUGCUUCCUUCAAUACAGUUUAUCUUCUGAAGAUAAUAGAAAUUACAGACCCAGUUGGAUAAGAGGAAUGGCCAUUCCUCCUUAUACAAAGAAACCAAAUCCAUGGAUGUUUCGAACUGCAGAAGAGUUAAAAACUGAUUGGAAAUUUGGAGAAAUAAAUAUUUAUCCAGGUAAUGGUUACGUUGCUUUAUUAGGAAGAAGAAGAAAAUCUUCUCGAAGCAAACUUAAACAUCUGUUAGAUCGUAAUUGGAUCGAUUCCCGAACUAGGGCACUCUUCGUAGAUGUUACAACGUAUAAUGCAAACAACAAUAUAUUUAAUUCUAUUAAUUUAAUCUUCGAAAUAUCUGGUAUAGGAAACGUGAUACCAUCAUACAAUAUCAGGACAUCAAACUUUGAUAUCUUCGUUCAAACGAGCAAUCUUCAAGCGGGUAUCAGCGAGAUGGCAUUCUUCAUUUUAAUAACGAUAUUCACUUAUAGAGAAGGGAAAAGUUUGUAUAAAUUAAAAACGAAUUAUUUAAAAAAAUUUUGGAAUAUAUUCGAAUUGAUUUUAUUAUUAUUCGGUUACGUUUUUAUAGCCGUAACGAUCAAACAAACUUUAGGUAUUUCGGGAUUAUGGAAGAAAGAUGAAGAACUCGAGUACGUAAGCUUCAAAAGUUCAGCUAAAUGGGACGAGAUUUUCUUAAUUAUACAAUCGAUUUUAGUAACUUUAACUACAUUGAAAUUAUGGAAGAUUCUUUCAUUUAUUCAGGCAUUUAAAUUACCUUAUGGUACAUUAAAAAUUGCUUACAAGUCCAUUGCACAUUUUGCUCUUAUGCUGUUUCUGUUAAUGAUUUCCAUAAUGAGUUUCUGCGUUAUAAAAUUUGGUAAAUGGGUGAAAAACAUGAGAAAUUUCUUGCAGACAAUGUAUUCUUUAAUGAAUUACUCUUUGGGAGAGAUAGAAUACGAAGAACUUCUUAAAGUUGAUAAGUUUCUUGGUCCACUCUUCACAUUCAUCUUUGUCAUCGUCGUUUCUUGGCUUUUUCUAACGCUAAUUAUUAGUAUUUUGAUAGAUUCAUUUCAUACAACUCUAACCUUAAAAAAGAAGGAAGAAUCUCGUCUUGAAGUAACUAAUUAUAUUUACCACCAAUUGAAAAUUUUAUUCCGGAAAACUUCGAUCUCUUGGAUCGAGCACGUCCGUAAGAAAUGCAAGAGGAAUCAAGAUGGAGGAAGAGAUGAUGGUGCAACCAAUCUAAACUAAUUUACCGUUUUAAGUUGU